AUGGAGCUUUCUUCCUCCGGCUGCUCGAGGUUCCGCAUCGAUUCCCUGCUUUCCCUCAGGCCGCCCGGCGCGCUCCUCUCCCGCGCGGACCCUCCGGAGCGCAGCGGCCGCUCGGCGCCUCCUUCACCGCGGAGGGAGCUUGUUCCCCGGCUGGAGUCUCCUCUGCUGCCCGGUCAGCUCCAGCCCCGCUCCGUCAGCUCCUCCUUCCUGAUUCGGGACAUCUUAGCGGACUGUCCGCCUCACUCUGACCCGGGACAGGCUGAACUGGAAACCGAGCCGUUCCGGUCCGGACCGGCUGUCAAUCACUCAGGUCGGGGCGGGGACUCGGACCCGGCCGCGGUCCGUCUGAAGAAGCCUCGAAAAGCUCGGACGGCGUUCAGCGACCAGCAGCUGUCCAGGCUGGAGAGAAGCUUCCAGAAACAGAAAUACCUGAGCGUCCAGGACCGCAUGGAGCUGGCUGCGUCCCUGCAGCUCAGCGACACCCAGGUCAAGACCUGGUACCAGAACCGGAGGACCAAGUGGAAGCGUCAGUCAGCCGCUGGUCUGGAGCUGCUGGCUGAGGCCGGCAGGAUGUUCCUGCCCACCCACCACCUGUACCCUCCUGCCCUGCCCACACUGGACCUAUACCUGUACAGAAGCCACGCCCACCAUUACACAGCCCCACCCCUGCUGUCCCACAUCCCCGCUGACACCAGUGCACUGAGGACUGGGAGGACGUUCUCCCACUGA